AUGCCUUUCACCGCUUCUGACAUCUGCAAGAUCAUCUUCGCCAUCAUCCUGCCUCCUCUGGGUGUCUUCCUGGAGCGCGGAUGUGGCGCCGACCUGCUGAUCAACAUCUGUUUGACCAUCCUGGGAUGGAUCCCCGGUAUCAUCCACGCCAUCUACAUCAUCUUCAAAUACUAG